AUGACACUAAUCAUUCCUGAACUCAUCGUCACAUGGGCUAUGCGCCAGUGGAUUAGUGCUCGUCAUGUUACCAAAAAGUUUAAGGAAUCGGGAUAUUUUGGUGUUCUUCAGCUGCAGGAGCAGCCUAGAGAUUACAGGUCCAUCGAAGCAACUACGGAGCAAUAUGUCGAAGAUCGUGAUAGCACCCGGCUUCUUGUGGCAGAUCCUGAAGCGCCCACCCCAAGAUAUGGGAGGUCUCGUGCUCUUGCGAAGCUGUUUAAAAAGUUGUUCAAAGCUUAUGUUUCAGAGCAAUCUGAGGAUUAUACAUGGACUCAGACGCACAGCUUCUUUGUACUCAUGGGUGGUUUCAUGCUUUAUGUGGACGGGAAACCCUAUCGUACACUACAGUAUGAUGACAUUCUCAAACUGAUAGAUAAGGGGUUUAUCGACGUCCCUACCCUAACGGCAAAGCAAAUCCACGACAAGAGCAAAGGCAAUGCGAUAUCGAAAGGGUUGAUCAUCCUUCAAGUGGCCUGGUUUAUCAUGCAGCUCAUCACCCGCGUCAUCUAUCACCUCGAAAUCACCCAGCUCGAAGUGGGGACACUCACUUUUGCGGUUCUCAAUUUCCUCACUUAUGCUGUAUGGUGGGACAAGCCUCUCGACGUGCAAUGUCCACAUCCAGUGUACUGGAAGUCGACCAAGUCAAGGCCAGAGGAUUAUAUUGGUGUUGUUGUUGAAGAAGAAGAAUUAACUGGGCUUAAAAGGAUGUGGGACCCAAUCCUCUUCCCAAUCCUAGAACUGUCACUGGGCGGGGGCUGUCAAACUUCCACAUUUCGAAAGCUCCGAGUUCAAACAUUUGAUGGCAGUAUCGAACUCGAGAAGUCGGACGUGGCAGUUCUUGUGGCUGCUGGAUUGCUCAUGGCAACCAUAUUCGGCAGCGUCCAUUGUAUGGCUUGGUUUUUUGCCUUCGCCACAUACCACAAACAGGUCCUCUGGCGCACAAGUGCCGUCGCUAUAACUUGCACACCCUGUGUUGAGCUUUGUAGUAUAUAUGUUGGAAACAUUUUAGACGAUUUCGACAUAUUCAAGCGGCUCCAUGUAGCCGAAAUUUUCAUUGGCCCUGUGAUCUUUAUAUCUCCCAUAGUGUACAUCACAGGACGUGGCAUUCUCUUGGUACUCAUGUUCACCACUUUACGCAAUCUUCCUCCUGGCGUAUACCAGGUGGUGUCAUGGACUGCUUUGGUGCCGCACUUGUAG